AUGGCAAGGGAUGGACUUCUCUUUCAUGUUUUGGCCAGAGUGAACAGCCAACAAAAUCCAGUUAUUGCAACUUUGGUAUCUGGAGCAGUUUCAGCACUGCUGGCUGUCCUUUUUGAUCUGAAGGUCUUGGUUAAUGUGAUGUCUAUUGGAACACUGCUGGCCUACAGUUUAGUUGCUGUCUCCAUUCUACUUCUCAGGUACCAACCUGAUCCUAGUUCUCCAGCCUCUAUAGAAAAGACAACUGUAAGCAGAAUGGCCUGGACAGACCUCCUAAUACACCCUGACAUAAUUCCAUCCCAUCACUCUUCCAGACUAGUGGCAUGCACAGUGUUUAUUCUUGUUCUUUUCAUCUGUGCUGUGUGCAUGCUGAUCUCCACAAAAUUGCCAUGUUUGACAUCUGGAACUCUGUGGUGUGUUAUCUGCCUUUGUUCCAACUUGCUGGGGAUUCUACUGGCAUCUUUGGUCAUCUGGAGACAGCCUCAAAGUCAGAAGAAAGUAGAUUUCAAGGUACCAUGCCUGCCAUUCCUACCCAUCUUCAGUAUCUUCGUCAAUAUUUUUCUGAUGGCCCAACUGAGCUACGAGACCUGGGUUCUGUUCUCAAUAUGGUUGCUUAUUGGUUUUCUCAUUUACUUUGGCUAUGGAAUUUGUCACAGCACAGAGAAGAAGAACAAAGAUUCAUCUCUAGAGAAACCAACUCAUUUAACAAACAGCACAGAUUCAAAUGUCACUUUUUAAAAAUGACUCUAAAGAAACCAUGGCAUGAAAUGGCUUAUUUCAUAACAAUGCUUUCAAUGUUAUCCAUUUACUUCUAUUUCUCAAUAGGUAACAGAAAUGAAAGUCAGUUUAGUGUAGAAAUUAAGGCAUUAGGCUAGAAACCUGAAGUCGAUGAAUUCAAGUCCCACCUUAAGCACAAAUCUCACAUCUUUGUGACUUUAAGAAAGUCCUUCUCUCAACCUGAGGAAGGAGGCAAGAGCAAGCUAUCCCCCACCCCCCACCCCCCACCCCCCAAAAAAACCCUUGCCAACAAAGGGGCUAGUCCAGGCAGUUACCAAGAAUCAAAAACUGACUUGGAAGAAAAUUAGAACAACAUAUAAUUAAUUAAUCGUUCAUAUCCA